AUGGCUUGCGAUGAGAAUGUUAUAAAAAACAUGGCAAACGAAAUAACACGAAACUGCCAAUCACAAAACGUCGUAAUCGAUACGGACUUUGUCAUUUACUUAAUAGAUUUACUUUUACUCAAUCCAAAGUACGGACGGAUGUUCUCUAAAACAAUAAGUAGAAAUAAUUUAGAAGCUUUCGUGGAUGACUGCGUUAAUAUGCUUACAAGCAGCGAAACUUCAAUAAACACGUUAAAAAUGCAAUUCAUAAUGCAAAUGAAUUACGACAAAUUACAAAAUCUUAUCGACAAACAUUUGGACUCUAUAGACCAAUGCCUUCGACCACUUAUUAAUGAAAUACUCGAAGAGGACCCUGUUGUUGAAGAUGAUGCGGCUUUAAAGAAAUUAUUUAGAAAGAUAUCGAUAUACAUUAUUCUGUCUAGUGGACUUGGUAAUCCGGGAUCUAUUAUAACCCUGAAAGAAGGCGUGGCAGCUUUAGAAAGCGUUUUUUCACUAGAAGAUCUCAAAAUAUUCAUAGCUUUGCCGAGAUCAGAGAAAAUGGCUCAGUUGAUAGAUUUAGUGCAAAUUGCAUCUGGUGUCAGGUUGUUUAAUAGAGACUGUAAAAAAGGGGGCGAAGGGAUACCCGAUUUACCAUUUAAUCUGGUGGACGCAGGGAAGGCGUGUUUGGCUUCAUUAUCAAAUUCCUUGAUAACAGUAAUGCAAAGAGUUAAUUCCUUGACAACAGCAAUAGCAGACACAAUAACCAUUCAAGAUGAAACAGGAAAUGUUAUGAUUGAUAUACCAGCAAACUCGGAAUUGACUGAGAAUGACUACAGACAGAUAUUCGAAUUACUCGCCUUCAAUCGUCAAUACGAAUUGUAUAUCCGGAAAUUGUUAUCUGACGUUGAAACGAUGGUAAAAAAUGGCACCCACUACGUUGAAAAAGUAAAACUUGUUCUGGAAGAACUACACGCAACUGUAAAAUAUAAGGCUGCUGUGCCGGUUGUUACAGUUUUCCCUCUAUUCACAAAACUCUGGAGAGUAUGGCGUUCAAUGCAAAAUAUAAUGUACUUAAUGUCAACUGUCAACCGACUUAUGUCGGUUCUUGGUAACAUCUCAGAUCAAAUGAAAAUACCCUACCAUCUUAUAGACAAAAUGCUGGAAGGUAAGAGCGUGGUAACUGAUCAGGAUCGAAUGAGUGACCGAGUUAGUAUAACUGACAGGAUAACUUUGGGUUCGCUGAAGAACUAUGUAGCUUACAACGGCAGUUUUACUGUUAUCAAUGACAAAAACAUACAGUUUCUAGGCUUUUGUGCGUUAUGUCUCAGCGUGGGAGCCCUUAUACCUAGUAAUAUGAAGGUUGGAUUGAUCCAAUCCAAAGGGUACCGCUACGGGUUCUGCAGCGUGAAGAUGGCGACUCGUUUUAGUAAAGAUUCUGAAAGGUACGUCAACGAGGUUUUAGAGUUCGCCCGAAACAAUCCCCAUGUUAUCAAUUUAUUGUAUAUAUUGGAAGAUGUCAAGAAUGUGAAGACUAUAGACAAUCUCGUCACUCGCGUCUUACCAAAGACUAAGAUAUCAGAUAAGGACGUACAAACGGAUAUUCAUCCGAUUGAUGGGCAUAUUGAGAAGAACUAUUCGUGGGACAUGUGGGAGUGGAAACGACGUGCCUGUCAAUGGGCCACAAUAGUCAACUAUCGAACGCAUUCAACCCAAACGGACUACAGCCAUCUCAGAUCAGAAAUACAUUGUCAAACGGUUGAACCACGCGAUAAAUGUCUGCAGACUAAGAAAGAUUCUGGUGUUAAUACGAAUCCCCGUGACGUGUUCAUAUGGGGUCUCAGAGGACAAAUUGGUUACGGGCAACACCCUAUGAAGUUGAAUAAAAUUACUAGUUCGGAAAAGGAAAAAGCUCGAGUUGUAGAAAUAUGCAGUUGGCCGUGCGUGACUUCAGAAGAAUAA